AUGGGCGCCUCGCAUCUCGAGCUCACCCAAAGCCUUGCCGAUGCCUUCAAUGAGCUGGCCGACGAGGCCCAAGGCUUGAAUGACCGUCGCAUCGUCCUCGAGCACAAGCUUCGGUUUGCACACGAGCAGCUGCAGUACUUGGCCGAUAAAUAUGCUCCCGCAACGCAAGAGAUAACGGAGGCACUCGCCCAUCUCCAACUGCCUCCACACAACGCCUCCAUCGACGAGAACUCAUCCGUGCCCCUGCCACGAAGGGGCUCACCCAAGUCUCAGCAUCAGGUCGCAGUAGUCAUCCGCGACGGACGGCGUGUUGCGUCGCAGCUUGCGUCGUUGGGCGAGGCUAGCAAGACCACCGCCUCCACCCGAGACGCCUAUUCGCACACCUCUGGGGAAGAGAAGAGCUCCAUGUCCACGGCCCUGGAGCAGGACUUUACCGUCCAGGGCAAGAGGGGCAACCUCGACUGUCCCUUCCAGCCGCCGCCCGUGGCCUCUGGCGAGAGCCACGAGGCGGACCGCCAUGAGAAGAACAUGCCACCUGAUACAACACCACAUCACUCCGCCGACCCCAUCUGCGCGGCCAUGUACGAGGAAGCGACGUCGCAAACAACCGGCGCACAAGACGCGAACGGUAGCAAAUGUCCCAUCCGCUUCCUCGACCAGCACUCGGCCGAGGAGAUUGCUCACUAUGUGGAGACGCACAAGCAUGAGCUGCCUCGCAGCCACGAGGUCUGCCUCCGCCGGUAUCAGCACAACGAAGACCAGAUCCGGAAGCUCGACAACAAGUACGGUAGCAUGAUCAACAUGAUUGAGGAUCUCGGCCAACUGCAUCAAUCCAUGCUGCCAGAAUCGCAACAAGGUCAACCCCGCCGUCCCAGCGAGGUAGACAAGGCCUCCAACGAGCGCGUCAAAGACUGGGCCCACGCCAUCACCGAAACGACCGGCUCGGCCGCGGACGAGGUCAUUGAAGAGGACGCCGAGAGCGACCGCGAGAGUCGAUUCGACCGCCCGAUGAAGGAAGUUCGAGUCGGCGAGUCGCCGAGUCGUCCUUGGGGCAUCAGUGUCCCCGUUUUCGACUCACACGACGACGAUCAGGUCCCCUUCUCCCCGCCACCCGCGCCCGUCCGCAUGCCUAGCCCUUCGCGGAGUUCCAAGACACCGGCCAAGAAGUGUCCCUUUGACCACACCAAGAUGCAGGCCAUGACGGCGGGCAUGGCAAGUCACCAGCGAUCCACGUCUCCCACGACGCGGACGCCUCACCCGCCCGCGCCGCACACACCGAGUCCCGCCAAAGAGUCUGUCCCUCAGCCGACACCACUGGCGCAACCCGCCUUUAUCAGCCCCGACUCGGUCAAGGCGACGCCUGGGGCGCCGCAAAUGGUCUUCAACGGUCCCGUCUUCAUCGGCUACCCUGUCGAGCAGGCCAUGCAGAUCAUGAGUCAAUACAGGCCUAGCCAACCAUGA